AUGAAGAAACGGCGACAAUUCGGUAAGCAAAAAUUAUUUAAAUCAAAUAAAGUAGCAUACAGUGUUACAGAAAAGAAAUUAUAUUUCAUCGGCGAAUGUAUUUGCAAUGUAACUUUUCGAGGUGAAACGAAAAGGACAAUCAUUUAUCUGUUGAAAAAAAUCACUAAACCUAUUGAGCACAGAAUUCAUGGAGUUAUUGAAAAUGUAGUCGCUACGGUUAAAAGUUCGGAUGAGGUUGAACAACUGAGACAGAAAAUUAAAAAAUUGUUUCCAAAUGUGUUUUUCGAAGGAUUACACUUUUGCACUAAAACAAAAGCGAAGAUCACCGUAAAAGAAGAGGCAACACCUGUUUUUUGGCGAAAACGGAACGUGCCGUUUGUGACCUUGGACCAGGUUAUCAAAGAGCUAGAAAGACUAGAAAGUCUAGCUAUAAUUGAAAAAGUCGACCAUUCAGAUUGGGCAGCUCCGACGGUUUAUGUAAAGAAUAAUAAUAAUAAACUACGAGUGUGUGCGAACUUUUCAACUGGAUUAAAUGACUGUUUAUUCGAACACAACUAUCCAUUACCAAACCCAGAAGAAGUGUUCUCAAAACUAAAUGGAGGAAAAGUUUUUUUCUCGGAGGCCUGUCUACAGAUACAGGUAGAGGAAGAUUGCGCACACCUUUUAACAACCAGCGCAUACCGUGGAUUGUAUAAAUUCGAGCGGCUUCUUUUGCAGUAA